AUGACGCACAUCGCUCCUCUUGUUGUUGUCAUUUUCACAUCAUCACUCCUGACAUGGAGGGCUGCAGGAGCCUCGACCCUCUGCUCCUGGACCAAAGUUUUGCGCAGCGAAGAAGUGCACUACAGUUUUGUCCAGAGCGACCCCCGGCAGGCCCCUGCAGCUCUGCGGCUGUACCACAGCUCCUGGUCCGGGGAGCGCACUCUGCUCGGCUGCGCUUGGAGCGACGACGCAGCAGUGGUCCAGAACUAUUUGUCUCUGUGCCGGCAGCGCGCGCACGAGUUUUCCGACCAUCCAGAUGAAAAUUUCGAUGCAGAGUCUCUGCUUGAUGCAGAGGAUCUGUGCGUCCCCGUGGCUUCUGAAGCGCUCGGCGGGCGCUCGGAGCGCACAGGGAAGAGGCCUGCGAGGAGCGUCGGUGGUCACACAGCCCCUUCAGCGCCUGAGAAUAAUCAAGGUCAAGCUGAAAGGUCAGAGGUCAGCAUCCAUCAGCGUGUGAAGCGCGGUUUCAUUGUACCAGGGACUCUCUGGUGCGGCUCUGGCAACAAGGCGCCAUCAUAUGCAGAUUUGGGAGUGUUUGCAGAAACAGACAGCUGUUGCCGUGAACACGACCAGUGCAAACACACCAUCCUGUCCUUUCACUCAGAGUUCGGCGUCUUCAACAGCAACAUCUUUACCAUGUCUCACUGUGACUGUGACAACAGGUUUCACAGUUGUCUGAUGGAGGCGAAAGACAGCAUAUCCGACGUCGUGGGAUACACCUUCUUUAACCUGCUGAAGAUGCACUGCUUCGAGUUCGCCCACCGGCUCCAGUGUACGCAGAGAAACUGGUUUGGAAUGUGUAAAGAGACUAAAAUGGCUCUGUAUGCUGAAGUCCAUCCACCGACGCUGUACGAGUCUCCCAAUCCAACCGAGGUCAGCAUGAACAGUACCAGCUUCAUCAUAAACACCACCAUACCCACACAGGUACUGGAGAGCAGCACGCCAGACUCACGGCUCUCCUCCAUCACUGCUGCAGCAUCCACCAUCUCUACAUCUUCAGCGAGUUCCCCCUCUGCCUCCAUCACUCCUGCUACCAACGUCACCACCACCACCACCACAGUCACAAACACACCAGAGGGACCUGCAGGACCGGUGCCUGAGAGUGGAGACGAUCUGGAGAACACUUUAUCUACCAGAAAGCAAACUCUGACUGAGCCGGGUGCUGAAAUCACAGAGGAGCAGCUGUCAUGUGCCGUCUACAAGGACCUGGAUGAGUGCAGGAACAAGAUCCUCCCCCAGCAGAGGAGAUACGGCCUUCACAACCCAGAGGUCACGACGCUGUACCACUGCAACUGUACCACCAGAUUAUUCCAGACUUUGGCUAAACAGAGACAACCGACCAAAGUGCAGGCUCUUCUGCUGGCACAUGUGUCUCAGUCCUGCUUCCUGCCACAGGACUGCACGGCAGGCAAAAUCUGCUCAGCAGUUCUGGUGAAAGCACAGCUUCCUCAGCUGGACCAGAGCAGCAGCGCAGACAUGGAGGAGCAGCGCCAUCUACAGGCAGUUACGCUGAAGGUCAGGAGGCCGAACAGCAGGAGAGCUAAGAGAAAAGACAGAGCUGUCAGGCUCCACAAACUGUGUCUGAGGAUGCUGCGACCCAAACUCCACAAGACCAGAAAAGAUGCACAUCGGUCUGCAGCUGCAGCCAUGGAGCCGACCGGAUCCCCGCCUCUCACCGGACAGAAAUUCCGCUAUGGGGAGAGGAUCGGCCGCGGGAACAUGGCGCAGUUCCUCUGGAUUAACUUUUCCCAGGGAAAACUUCGGAGGACGGCGGCAUAG